AUGUACGAGAUGAAGUCCAAUGGAAGCUCGAUAGCAGACCAGUGGGAAGGACAAGUUUGCGCAAAUGCGGAGAAGGAAUCCCGAGGAUCCCACAGCAAGAACCUCGAAUUCUCCAAUGAACUUCGUGGAAGCGGGACACAACUCGGCGAUGAUGAGCAGUGGUACAAGAUCAGCGAAGCGUUGCAACUGCAAUUCUGCGACCUUGCAACCCAGAUCAAGGUGCGGUGGCGGCGGCGGGAUACUCCGAAGAGCGGCUCAAUUGCGACGAAGAGGUGCAGAAUCGGCGAGUGUUGUGUUGUGAACGUUGACAACGAUGAGGGCCGGCUAUACACGAUGAGCAAAAAGGCCAUGAUUGGGAUAUAG